AGAUCCGGCCAGCAGCCGAGGCAGGGUCAUAGGGGUAUGUUAUUCUAAACCGAAGCACCGAGUGCUCCGGCAGAAAAUAGUCCCUUCGGAAUGUGUUUCUUUCACACUCAAACAAUUGUUGUAUUAGACCAGGUUUAAUGUCUUCGACCGAGAACAAGUGUCUUGACCUAUCGGUUGCGUGAUUUUAUCAGCCACCGUAGCGAUUUUGAAUGUGUUGAAAUCCGCUGGACGAGAGAGGCUGCAUGUAAUCAAGUCCAACAAUAGGCAGCAGAGAAAGAGACGGAGGGGAAGGAGAGAAGGUACAGGAGGGGGAGGGUUGGCAUGUUCUGCUCCCGGGGCGGAAGGAGACGUUGCGCUCAGGCAGGAGAAUGAAUCGCAGCGCCACCGAGCCUGGAACCUCCGACGUAGUAGAAUGGAGCUGAGAAGAAUCCCAGUUACAUUGUAGCCAGAAACAACCCCCCCGGCGUAGUAGAAUGGAACUGAGAAUAAUCCCAGUUACAUUGUAGCCAGAAACAAAACCCCGAAUAUUGUUCCAAUAUAACAGUUCCGUCGGAGGAAUAGAAACACAGCGAUGCGGACCAGGCGCUGAACAGGAGCGGCCGGGGUGAGAACAAGGCAGAAAGAUGGGCGCCGUGCUACGGACUGUGUUGUUGUGUAGUUUUUCUUUACUAAUAAGAGGUGUACCCCUCCUGCUCUAUGCCAACCGACGGGACCUGCGGCUGGUGGAUGCGGCCCACGGCAGGGCCAACGCCACGGUGGUGGUGGGCGGUCUGGAGGACGCCGCCGCUGUGGACUACGUAUACGCUCAGGGAUUGGUCUACUGGAGUGACGUCAGCGAGGAGGCAAUCAAAUGCACCACCUUCAACCAAUCAGGGCCCGGCUCGGCGGUGGCCGCCCAGACUGUGGUUGUAUCAGGGCUGGCGUCCCCGGACGGCCUGGCCUGUGACUGGUUAGGCAGGAAGCUGUACUGGACGGACUCUGAGACCAAUCGGAUUGAGGUGGCCGAGCUGGAUGGAUCAUUACGGAGAGUUCUCUUCUGGCAGGACCUGGACCAACCCCGAGCCAUCUCUCUGGACCCGGGGAGAGGGUACAUGUACUGGACGGACUGGGGCGAGGUUCCUAAGAUUGAGCGAGCGGGGAUGGACGGUACAAACAGAGCCAUGAUCAUUGACAAGGAGAUCUACUGGCCCAACGGUCUCACGCUGGACUACAGCCAGGAGAAACUGUACUGGGCUGACGCCAAGUUCAACUUCAUACAUCGCUCCAAUCUGGAUGGCACUGGGAGGGAGGUGGUGGUUAAGGGAGAUCUCCCUCACCCCUUCGCUCUGACGCUGUACGAGGAGACUCUCUUCUGGACCGACUGGAACACCCAUUCCAUCCACUCGUGUCAGAAAGAGACCGGGGAGGAUCGGAAGAAAGUCCACUCGGACAUCUUCUCUCCCAUGGAUAUACACGUCUACAGCCAGAAGAGACAGCCGCUACUGUCUUCACCAUGUUCUGUGAACAACGGAGGCUGUUCCCAGCUCUGUCUCCUGUCUCCUAUUACACCUCACUACCAGUGUGCCUGUCCCACCGGAGUCCAGCUGCUAGAGGACAGCAAGACCUGCAGAGACGGUCCCACACAGCUCCUCCUCCUGGCCCGGCGGACUGACCUGCGCCGCAUCUCCCUGGAUACGCCCGAUUUCACUGACAUCAUCCUCCCGACGGACGACAUCCGCCACGCCAUCGCCAUCGACUAUGACCCGGUGGACGGACACAUCUAUUGGACGGACGACGACGUCCGGGCCAUCAGGAGGUCCUACCUGGACGGCUCUGACGCUCAGUUCAUUGUCACCUCACAGGUGAACCAUCCUGACGGCAUCGCUGUGGACUGGAUCGCCCGGAACCUGUACUGGACGGACACGGGAACGGACCGCAUCGAGGUGACACGCCUCAACGGAACCAUGAGGAAGAUCCUGAUAUCAGAGGACCUGGACGAGCCACGAGCCAUCGUACUGGAUCCUGUCGCUGGAUACAUGUACUGGACAGACUGGGGCGAGGUUCCUAAGAUUGAGCGUGCCGACCUGGACGGGACGGAGAGGCUAGUGAUGGUCAACACCUCCCUGGGCUGGCCCAAUGGUCUGGCGCUGGACUACACAGACCGGAUGAUCUACUGGGGCGACGCCAAGACGGACAAGAUAGAGGUGAUGUGUAUGGACGGUUCAGGCAGGAGGAUCCUGGUAGAAGAUAAGCUACCUCACAUCUUUGGCUUCACUCUGCUGGGGGACUAUGUGUACUGGACAGACUGGCAGAGACGCAGCAUCGAGAGGGUUCACAAACACACCACGGAGAGAGAGUUCAUCAUAGACCAGCUACCAGACCUGAUGGGGCUCAAAGCUACAUAUGUACACCAGACCUUCGGUACCAACCUGUGUGCGGAGGCUAAUGGUGGGUGUAGCCACCUAUGCCUGUAUAAGCCGGUGGGCGUCCAGUGUGCCUGUCCCAUUGGUCUAGAGCUGAUAGCUGACCUGUCCACCUGCAUCGUACCAGAAGCCUUCCUCCUCUUCUCCCGACACACAGACAUCAGACGCAUCUCCUUGGAAACAAACAACAACAACGUGGCCAUCCCGCUGACCGGGGUUAAAGAGGCGUCUGCACUGGACUUCGACAUCACCGACAACCGUAUCUACUGGACAGAUAUCACAUUGAAGACAAUCAGUCGUGCGUUUAUGAACGGCAGCGCUCUGGAACACGUGGUGGAGUUUGGCCUGGACUACCCAGAAGGCAUGGCGGUGGACUGGUUGGGGAAGAAUCUGUACUGGGCCGACACGGGGACCAAUCGUAUUGAGGUGGCCAAGCUGGAUGGACAGCACAGACAGGUCCUAGUCUGGAAGGAUCUGGACAGCCCUCGAGCCCUGGCACUGGACCCUGCUGAGGGGUUUAUGUACUGGACAGAGUGGGGUGGGAAGCCCAAGAUUGACCGCUCAGCGAUGGACGGGACGGGUCGGAUCACUCUGGUGCCCAAUGUGGGCCGAGCCAACGGGCUGACCAUCGACUAUGCCGAGAGGCGACUGUACUGGACUGACCUGGACACGACACUCAUAGAGUCCUCCAACAUGCUGGGUCUGGAGCGUGAGGUUAUAGCCGACGACCUCCCCCACCCCUUUGGUCUGACCCAGUACCAGGACUACAUCUAUUGGACGGACUGGUCUCAGCGCAGCAUCGAACGGGCCAAUAAGACAUCGGGCCAGAACCGUACGGUCAUCCAGGGUCACCUAGACUACGUGAUGGACAUCUUGGUCUUCCACUCGUCACGCCAGGGGGGCUGGAACGCCUGCGCCUCCACCAAUGGGCAAUGCUCACACCUCUGUCUGGCUGUACCAAUCAGCAGCUUCGUCUGCGGAUGCCCCGCCCACUUCUCCCUCAACAAUGACAACAAGACCUGCAGUGCCCCUACGUCGUUCCUCUUGUUCAGUCAGAAGUCAGCCAUUAACCGGAUGGUGAUGGAUGAGCAUCAGUCUCCUGACAUCAUCCUUCCCAUCCACAGUCUGAGGAAUGUCAGGGCUAUAGACUACGACCCCCUGGAUAAACAACUGUACUGGAUCGACUCCAAACAGAACGCAAUCCGCAGAGCGCAGGAGAACGGGAACAUGAGUAUGACGGUGGUGUGGAGCCAAGUGGGCGGUCCUAACCUGGGCCUCCAGCCGUUUGACCUGAGCAUCGACAUCUACAGCCGCUUCAUCUACUGGACCAGCGAGGUCACUAAUGUCAUUAACGUGACGAGGACAGACGGCAGCCGGGUGGGAGUGGUGCUGAGAGGAGAACACGACAGACCCAGAGCCAUCGUGGUCAACCCAGAGCGAGGGUACAUGUACUUUACCAACCUGCAGGAACGCAGUCCUAAGAUAGAACGAGCAGCGCUCGACGGGACAGAGAGAGAGGUGUUGUUCUUCAGUGGCCUGGGGAAGCCCGUUGCCCUGGCCAUAGACAAUGAGGUCGGCAAGCUGUUCUGGGUCGACUCAGACCUCCGACGCAUCGAGAGCAGUGACCUAUCAGGAGCCAAUCGGAUUGUGAUUGAGGACUCCAACAUCCUCCAGCCGGUUGGUCUGACGGUGUUUGGUAACCACCUGUACUGGAUCGACCGCCAGCAGCAGAUGAUCGAACGCAUCCACAAGACGACCAGGGAGGGAAGGACCAAGAUCCAGGCUCGCAUUGCCUCUCUCAGCGACAUUCACGCUGUCUACGACCUCGACAUGAGCGAGUACAGUAAGCACCCUUGUACCUGGGACAACGGAGGCUGUUCUCACAUCUGUAUCGUCAAGGGAGACGGAACCACACGCUGCUCCUGUCCUGUUCAUCUGGUCCUGCUGCAGAAUGAACUCUCCUGUGGAGAACCCCCCACCUGUUCUCCAGAACAGUUCUCCUGUGUAUCCGGGGAGGUGGACUGUAUUCCCCACGCGUGGCGGUGUGACGGCUACCCAGAGUGUGAUGACAGCAGCGACGAGGGAGACUGUCCUGUCUGUUCAGAUUCAGAGUUUCAGUGUGACUCCAGACAGUGUGUUGACCUCAGCCUCCGCUGCAACGGAGAGGUCAACUGUCAGGAUCGCUCAGACGAGAACAAAUGUGAAGUGCGCUGCUCUCCGGACCACUUCAGCUGUUCUAGCGGUCAGUGUGUGGGGAAACAUCAGAAGUGUGACCACUCUACAGACUGCUCUGACAACUCGGACGAGAUGGGCUGCUACCCGACUGAAGAGCCGUCCUCCCAGCCCACCAACACCAUCGGCUCCAUUGUGGGGGUUGUCAUGGCGCUGUUUGUGGUGGGCGCCAUCUACUUGGUGUGCCAGCGCGUGCUCUGUCCCCAGAUGAAGGAUGACAGGGAGACUGUAACCAAUGACUUGGUGGUCCACGGCCCUUCUGUUUCUCUGGGUUAUGUACCUCACCCUGCCUCUCUGUCCGGGUCUCUGCCAGGUAUGUCCAGGGGGAAGUCUGUGAUUGGUUCGUUGAGCAUCAUGGGCGGGUCCAGUGGCCCCCCUUACGACCGCGCCCACGUAACUGGAGCCUCCUCCUCAAGCUCCUCCUCCACCAAGGGCACUUACUUCCCCCCGAUCCUGAACCCUCCUCCAUCUCCUGCGACCGUCAGGUCUCAGUACACCAUGGAGUUUGGCUACUCCUCCAACAGCCCGUCAACCCACCGUUCAUACAGUUACCGUCCCUACACCUAUAGUCACUUCGCCCCUCCCACAACCCCCUGCUCCACGGACGUCUGCGACAGCGACUACACCCCCGGACGCCGCGCCCCGCCCACCUCCAACUCCGGCGUCGCCAAAGGUUACACCAGCGACCUGAACUACGACUCGGAACCCUUCCCCCCACCCCCCACCCCCCGCAGCCAGUACCUGUCAGCGGAGGAGAACUGUGAGAGCUGCCCCCCCUCCCCCUAUACGGAGCGCUCCUACUCUCACCACCUCUACCCCCCGCCCCCAUCACCCUGCACAGACUCCUCCUGAAACCCCUCGCUGUACAUAACAACUGUUGAUAUUGUGUUUCUAAAAGAGGGGGAGGAGAGGAGGCUGCUGAGGGAUGUACAGAACAUAUGAACAGAGAAACAGGAAGCUCGGGGUGGAAGAAAGAGCUCCGGGAACAUUUGUACAUUUUAAAAAUAGAAAGAAGCAUAUCUAUAUAUUUUCUAUACAGCGUUUACUGGAUACGCCGUAGAGGUUUGUAUUCAAACAUUUGUACAUUUAUUUUUUAUUUUUUAAGAAAACGUUUUAUUAAAACCAUCAUAAACAUGAUAAGUUGCCUUAAAUCCAGAAGAUACAAACGGUCCGUUUUUACGAGUCUGGAAGAACAUUUUAAAACACAUAAAUGGAACUAUCUGACGCCAAAUAACACACGCCCGAAAACAAUGGAUGGAUGGAGGGAGUGGUGAGGCAGGAUGACGCCCCCUGGAGGUGACAGACAGCUACUGCACCACGCCACUCUGCAGCCUGGGCAGCCAUUUUGUAGUGGAUCAGUGAUCCCCAUAGUAACCAGUCAGCUGGUUUCCAUAGUAACAGACAACAAGGUGUACUGAGUGAUUUGAGCUCCUUUCUAACGGUUUCCUGGUUUUCCAGGACUUCCUGUCUGCCUGUAUUGCUUCAACUAGGUACUACAUAUUAUACAAGCUCCUUAUUCAUCUAACAGGGUACAUAAAGAACCUCUGACCCGACCCAGGGCCCCUCGUCACUACCACAACACUCCUGACCCGACCCGGGGCCCCUCGUCACUACCACAACACUCCUGACCCGACCCAGGGCCCCUCAUCACUACCACAACACUCCUGACCCGACCCGGGGCCCCUCGUCACUACCACAACACUCCUGACCCGACCCAGGGCCCCUCAUCACUACCACAACACUCCUGACCCGACCCGGGGCCCCUCGUCACUACCACAACACUCCUGACCCGACCCAGGGCCCCUCGUCACUACCACAACACUCCUGACCCGACCCGGGGCCCCUCGUCACUACCACAACACUCCUGACCCGACCCGGGGCCCCUGUCACUACCACAACACUCCUGACCCGACCCGGGGCCCCUCGUCACUACCACAACACUCCUGACCCGACCCAGGGCCCCUCGUCACUACCACAACACUCCUGACCCGACCCAGGGCCCCUCGUCACUACCACAACACUCCUGACCCGAC